UAUGAGAAGGGGUAGGUUUUGUUUCAUGUGAACAUCGUAGCUAAAGAAGUGAAAGUGUUGUCGAUGAUACUGAUUUUAUUGUGGGCACAAGUUGUAUCCAAUGCUAAAUAUUUUCAUUAUAUUCUUUGCAGUGACACUUAUUGAAGGCUGCCCAGCCUGCCCUUUUUUCUUCUUGUUGUUUUUGUGUAUUUUUAGUUGUAGGUGUUUAGUUCAUGUGGAUACCCUAAUGUGCAUUCCAAAAUAUAACUGCAACACUUUGAAUGAAUUUUACUGAUAGGUGGGAGGGUUGACUUCUGAUUUCAACUUGGUUAGAUGAAGAGCUCAAACUUUUAAGAUCUGAGAAAAGCCUGCAAUUCAGUUUCAAGAUCAUACAUUAGUCUGAGUUGACUUUCUUGUUUCUUGCUACUAACUUCACAUCAACUCUAGUUUAUCUGAUAUUGCAGCCAGUGAUAUCCCUCUUCUCUUCGUAACACGAGGUUCAAGGUUCGAGCAUUAGUGGAGGCAUGCAUGUGUAAGAGACUAAGGGCUCUUAUCAAAAAAGUGCUUGAUGUAGAUAUAUGUAUGCUAUUAUCAUUUUCACAUGUUGUAAGAUUUUUGGGGAAUGAUAAUCUGGGUCAAUUUUUUUUCAAAAAGCAUCUGGAGUAAGUAAUGGUGGAGGAAGAACUUCAAAUAUCAAGUGAGGCAGAGGAAGUUCAACAUUAUGAAUCCAAUAAAGGGCCGAGUGCCGGUUUCUGGGGGCCAAUUAAUUGGUUUAGAAUGCUUGUCACUGAAAUGCACUGGACGUUUGUUUUUGCAGUUUUGAUGGUCUAUGGAGUAAGUCAAGGACUCGGAGGAGCUCUUGCACGGGUAGGCACAGAGUAUUAUAUGAAGGAUGUGCAGAAAGUUCAGCCUUCUGAAGCACAAGUUUACUCUGGAAUCACUAAUAUUCCUUGGCUUGUCAAACCUAUAUGGGGCCUUCUCACAGACGUUGUACCGGUUUUUGGGUAUCGUAGAAGGCCUUAUUUCAUAUUUGCAGGCAUUUUUGGUCUUGUCUCCAUGCUCUUUCUAUCGUUGCACAAAAACCUGCAUAUUCUAUUUGCACUAUUAUCUUUAUUAGUAGGAAGUGCUGGGGUUGCAAUCGCUGAUGUAACCAUUGAUGCUUGUGUCGCUCAGAAAAGUGGCAGCCAUCCAGUUCUUGCUGCCGACAUGCAAAGCUUAUGCUCUCUAAGUGCUUCAAUUGGAGCUUUAAUAGGGUUUUCUUUAAGCGGAAUAUUUGUUCAUUUAAUUGGCCCAAGGGGGGUUUACGGCUUGUUAACCAUCCCAGCAGGGCUUCUGUUACUUGUUGGCUUUUUGCUAAAGGAACCACAUACACCUAACUUUGCAUAUGGGCAGGUACGUCAAAAAUUUCUAGAUGCAGCUAGUUCAAUGUGGAACACACUAAUGUUACCAGAGGUGUGGAGACCAUGCUUAUAUAUGUAUCUAUCCUUUGCAUUAAGCUUGAACAUAUAUGAAGGCAUGUUCUACUGGUACACUGAUUCGAAAGAUGGUCCAUCUUUUUCUAAGGAGGCAAUUGGUUACAUGCUCUCAAUUGGUUCGGUGGGAUCUCUUCUGGGCGCCACCUUGUAUCAGUAUAGUCUGAAAGAUCAUGCAUUCAGGAGUUUACUCUUCUGGACUCAGUUAGUACUUGGUCUUUCAGGGAUGCUUGAUCUGUUUCUCGUCUUAAGGCUAAACUUAAAACUGGGAAUCCCUGACUACGUAUUUGCUGUCAUUGAUGAAAGCAUCUACCAAAUGACUGCAAAAUUAAAAUGGAUGCCCCUUCUUGUCCUAAGUUCGCAGCUCUGUCCCUCCGGCAUUGAAGGCACAUUCUUUGCCUUGCUAAUGUCUAUUGACAAUGCUGGCGUUUUCUCAUCAACAUGGGGAGGAGGGUUGUUACUCCAUCUUACAAAUGUCACGAGGACCCAAUUUGACAAUCUUUGGUUGGCCAUUUUAAUACGAAACGUACUAAGAUUAGUUCCAAUCUCUCUACUUUUUUUGGUAGGAGGGGGUGAUCCAGCUUCAUCUAUUCUUCCAAGUGAAGAACAAGAUGCAAAAGCAGUAGAGUAUGUUCCAGACAUCAAGGAUAUCGAACUGGUCUCCCUUGUUAAGAAUGCAGAGGGUAGAUACUAGAUAGCAAAAUACAACAUUUAUUCAUGGAGGCAAAACUGCCCUCAGGCUGAGAAUUUAUAAUCAACUCAGAUGUUUCUUCCAUACAGUUAAGUAGCUUCUAAUUCAUGUUCACAAGCUAUAAAUUUACUGAACUUCUUUCAUGUUGAAAUCCA